UGUGGAUGUUCAAUCUUUCACCCGAUUGAAUUCCUGUGUCACUCCCGCACCGCGACGAGUCGGUCUUUCAUUGCUCUGCUUGGAAUUAGAACUCCAUUUUGGAGCCCCACUGCGGAAUUUUGCGAGCGUAAUGAAGGAGCCUGAAUUCGUAGGCGAAGAAGAAGAGAAGCCUCAGGGUACUGAAGCUGGCCCGCUUGAGAAGCCAUGUUCGUUGGAGAAUCUGUGCAGGAAGGAGAAGAGGAAGGCGUUGAAGAAGAUCAAACGCAAGCAAUUAAGAAAAGAGGAGGCGCUGAAAAAGCUACAGGAAGAGGAGGUGCGGUUGAACGAUCCUGAAGAGAAGAGGAGGAUUCGGUUGAUGGAGCUGGAGGAGGAGGAGAGGUCGGAGAGGGAGAGGAAGCUCUUCGAGGAGCGUGAAAGGGCUUGGUUGGAGGCUAUGGAGUUGAAGAAGAAGAAGAUGGCUGAGGAGGAAGAAGAAGAGCAGCGAAGGAGAGCGCUGGAAGAAGAAUCGACGGCGCGGCAGGCUGAAAAUGAAAACGAGUUAAAUGAGGAAGAUGGUUGGGAAUACAUAGAAGGGCCUGCCGAAGUAAUCUGGAAAGGAGAAGAGAUAAUUCUGAAGAAGAAACUAAUUAAGAUUCCUAAGAAGGGUGUUGAACCUGAGAAAAGCCUUGAGGAUGCGCAUAGGCCUACAUCAAACCCUCUUCCUCCGCAAUCUGAAGAUUUUACAGAUUGUAAGAAUGCACCAAUUUCAACUAGACAAGUGAUUGAUGAUGUUGCAAGUCAAGUGCCAAACUUUGGAACUGAACAGGAUAAAUCACAUUGUCCAUUCCAUUUAAAAACUGGAGCUUGUCGAUUUGGUCAGCGUUGUAGCAGAAUUCACUUCUACCCUGACAAAUCGUGUACAUUGCUUAUCAAGAACAUGUAUAAUGGUCCUGGCCUUGCUUGGGAGCAAGAUGAGGGGCUGGAGUUUGCAGAUGAGGAAGUUGAAUGCUGUUAUGAAGAAUUUUAUGAGGAUGUGCAUACUGAGUUCUUGAAGUAUGGGGAAAUUGUAAAUUUCAAGGUGUGUAAAAAUGGCUCUUUCCACUUGAGGGGAAACCUGUAUGUGCACUAUAAGUCACUGGAUUCAGCUGUGCUUGCUUAUAAUGCCAACAAUGGUCGUUUCUAUGCAGGGAAACAGGUAAUAUGUGAAUUUGUAAAUGUUACCAGAUGGAAGAUAGCAAUAUGUGGGGAAUUUAUGAAGACAAGGUACCAGACAUGUUCUCAUGGAACAGCUUGUAAUUUCAUUCACUGUUUUCGAAAUCCUGGUGGGGACUAUGAAUGGGCUGAUAGUGACAAACCUCCCCCACGGUAUUGGGUGAAAAAGAUGGCUUCUCUGUUUGGUUAUUUAGAUGAAUCCGAAAAUGAAAAACAUACUGAGCUUGAACACUGGGACAAGUUUGGAAAAUCCAGCAGGUCAAUGUCAACAGAUGUCAACAGAUAUCAUUCAAGAAGAUCUAAAUCUAGAAGUCUGGACCAUGGCUCCAGAAGAAGUAAAAACAGUGAAAAUGACUAUAGAAGGCACUCUCGUAGAGAAAAAGUUCAUGAGAAGCAGCAAAGUUUGGAUAAGGAAGAAUAUGAGCAGGCAAACCUAAAAUAUUACCACCGGAGAAACAACAGAUUUAAUGAUGCAAAUUCUGACGAAUCAGCAGAUACGUUUGACGAGAGAAGCAAAGAUAGAGAACGUGGUAGGAGAUCACGAGUUCGAAAUGCAGAUCAUGAUGACAGCAAGAACAAAUCAAAUGAAACUGAUGAAGGCUGGUCAAGUGGUGAUGGGAACAAAUAUGGGCAUCGACACCAAAGAAGGAAAUGCAAUGGGCACGUUUCCGAGACGUUUAAAACCACAGGUGGUUCUCCAAGCCAGAGCGCAAUCAGUGAUCACGAUACACGUGGAAUUUCUUCUGACAGAAACAAGGAAAGGCGUGUUUCAUAUGGUGGAAAACCCAAGAAACGCUGGGAUGAGGUUACUAAAGAUUCUGAUGACCAGUUGAAACAGAAAUCUAAGUUGAAGACGGAUUAUGAAAGCAAGAAGUUCAGCUUAAGAAAAUCCAGUAGUCUCCUAUCAGAUGGGAGACAGGAGCAGUCUAUUUCAGAUCGAUAUGUUGAGAGGUCCGAACCAAUGAAUCUCGGCAAAGAAUACUGUAACAACGAGCACAUUGACAAGGAAGGCCGAUGGGAUCCUGGAAGAAGUUAUGAUGAAUUCGAGAAAUGUAGCGAGAGUACAAGCACUAUGCGCUCUGAGGCUGGAAGCCCUGUUUGCCAAGGUGAAAGAUUUAAAUCAGAUGUUCUAGAUAGAGUAGACUACUAUGGUAACAAAGUUAAGAAGCGAAAUCAUAGGGAACUGAAAAGCAGCGAUUCAUAUGAACAACGAACGUCUCGAAGAAAGUCUUCUCGGCCUGAUGAUGAUCAGAAUUUCAGUGAUUUAAAAUACGAUAACACGAACACUGACUAGGAUUAUCUUCAGAAAAGUCCUAGGAGCCCAGGCAGACAUAGUAAGAGAAGGAAACCACUAGAAAACCACCAAGAAUCCCAAAAGAUAGAUGGGAACCUUCCAUGUCGUAUAAUUUAUGCUUCCAAAGUCGUGAUCAUAUUGCAAAGGGCGAGGGAAAUCGAUUUGACCCGCACGGGGCUCAGCUGAAAAGAACGGGGAAAAGGAUGACCUGAAGCUGUGGCUUUGCUGCUGCUGUUUAGAUGUGAUGAGAAACCUAAACCAACCUUUUGUUUGCCCGUUUCUUAUUGCCAUAUAUUUGUUGAAUACCUAUUUUUGCCUUAUUCACAUACCUUUUUCUGCUCGAGUUUGCAAUGUUUUUGGGUUUGGUCUUAAAACAUUCACAAGCUUCCUUCUGAGACGAGUUUCAUACAUCAAAUUUCCAUU